CACGUGACCCGUGGAAUGUUAACAAUGCAGCGAGUGUCCAACUUUGUGCUGCAUUUCUGAUCCUGCUGGAGUCUGGGGAGAAAAUGGAGGCUCAUUUCAUCAUAUUUCCCCACUUCGUCUGUCUUCACUGAGCUCUUCAGCUCCGUCGACGCGCUCCGUAACCGAGAAAGGAACUUUAAAAGUUGUCGUUUGACGGGAUUUACUCUCCAAUCUGAGUUAUUCUUGCUGCUUCUAUCACAUGGCGAAGAUUGGCAGCAUCAUGGUUUGGCUCCGUGAUGCCCUCGUGACCAGCUGCAUUUCCUGGAAUAAGCUGGAACCUGAGCCUUGAAAGCCACACCAUGGAAUGCCUGUAGUACCACACUUCACCUUCAUCCAGCCCACCAGCAUCGGCAAGAAUCACAAACACAAAGAGAGUGAAAAAUAAAUAAGGGACACGGGGGAGGACUCCCACAUCUGUGCCUCCAAUCUGCUCCUGGAGAAUCUUUAUCUAUUUAGGUCAGCCAGCUUGAAGGGAUCUUUUGGAGGGUGUAGGGUGGGAGUGCCAGUUGUGUGCGUUUCCCUUUUUAGAGUAGGUGCCUGCGCUGGGCACUGAGGCCAUGAGGCCCAAGACUUUCCCAGCUGCCCCGUAUGUGGGCAACACACGCCAGAGACUUCAGGAGAUCAAGGAGGGUCUGAAGCAGCCGGCUAAGUUGGUGAGCCAGGCACUUCAUGGGAGCAGCUCCCGGACAGAGGGCGGCAGAGGGGCCGACUGCAAGAGUGGGAAAGACACAGCCAGUCGACAGCAACAACUCCGACCACCACAGAAGUUCACCAACUACCAGAAUGCCUUGCGGGAAAUCCGCAAGUCUCUCAUGCCCUUUGCCAAUGAGUCAGGUCCGUCUUCUGGGUCAGGACACCCUGCGGGCGCUGGGGAGGUCAACAGGCAGAUGCUUCAAGAUCUGGUCAAUGCUGGCUGUGACCAGGAGAUGGCAGUGCGGGCGCUGAAGCAGACAGGAAGUAGGAAUAUUGAAGCAGCCUUAGAGUACAUCAGCAAAAUGGGAUACCUUGACCCCCGCAAUGAACUCAUCGUCCGUGUCAUCAAGCAGACUUCACCAGGAAAAGCUGGCAUGCCAAACUCAUUGGACCACCGACCUCCAUUAGAGGCCUCAGGUGAAGCAGGUGCCAUGCCUCCAUACCACCAGAUGGGGGCUCCUAUGUAUGAUGGGCCAGCUGGAUACGGCCCUGAGGGUGAGAUGCCCAGACCCUACAUGAGCGCUCCGCCUGUAAUGAACUACAUGAUGCCCCCGGCUAGUGCAGCACAGGGCCCUGCCAUGGGAAACCCAAUGGGACGACCUCCCAGUAUGGGGACCUAUCCAGCAGUAAUGGCCCCCCAGGGCAACCCUGCCAAUACCAUGUACCCUCCAGGGGCCCAGCAGAAGGGCUACCCUGGUGGUAUGGAGCAGCAUGGGCCCAUGAUGAGCUACAACGUCCCUGGCCAGCCUCUGCCGCUCCAGCCUCAGCCACCAGGGGGACCAGUCCCAGGCCCCCAUUAUGACUACGGCCACGCCAGGCCACACAUGAUGGAGCCUGCAGGCUAUGGAGUCAAGAGGACCGCCUCCUUCCAGAACAAGAUGGCACCGCCCCCCAUGGCACCCCCAGACAACUAUGUCAACAUGCAAGGGAAAGGUGCCAUGGGCCAGAACGGUCCAGGAGGAGGAGGGGGAGGCUACCCUGCUAACCUGUACCUGCCCACUCAUUCCCACCCACGGCAGGCCAGCCCCACCUCCCACCAGGUUCACAUGAUGUCUCGUUCCCCUGGUGCGGUGGCAGCAAUGGGUCCUGACUUCUCUGAUAUGCCUCAGGGCUUGAUGGCGCCAUCCAGGGCCAGCCUCAACCUUGAUCUGUAUGAGCACCACUGGGCAGGGCCUCCAGGUCCUGAUGGGGCCCCUCCAGCGAGGCCGCCCCAACCCCAGGGCCCAUUCAGGGGGGAGGUGCGUGUCCCCAGCAGAACCAACUCCUUCAACAGUCGCUCUGCAGGGCCAAAUGGUGUCCGGCCAGCUAUGACUGCACCCCCCACAGCUGGCAAACAGGACCCCUCCAUGGGCCCUCCGAACACCAUCACGGCUGUAACAUCCCCACCCAUCCAGCAGCCGGUCAAGAGUAUCCGUGUGAUGAGGCCAGAGCCCAAGACGGCUGUGGGACCAUGUCACCCCAGCUGGAUGACUGCUCAGGCCCAGGACGCAGGUGAGCCUCUGGCCUACAUGCCAGAGGAGCCCUACCCUCUGGAGCCUGCUCAGGAGCCACGCUGUCCACCACCCCCUUACCCCAAAAACCUGCUCAUGUCUGGUCCAGCUGGUGAGACAGGGGCCCUGGAAGGAGCCGGAGCCAUGUGUGGAGCAGCAGACCUCAGCAACCCUGCAGCCAGAAGCACACAUGGCGGCAGUGGAGGGAGCGGCAAGGCCGAGGAAAGCCAACAGGUGAAAGAGAAGACAAAGAUGAGUAAGGGAGAAAAAACAGUGAAAGACAAGAAGCAGAUCCAGACGUCACCUGUUCCUGUGAGGAAGAACGGACGUGAUGAGGAGAAGAGAGAGUCACGCAUCAAGACCUACUCACCCUUCGCUUUCAAGUUCUACAUGGAGCAGCACAUAGAGAAUGUGAUGAAGACCUACCAGCAAAAACUGAACCGCAGGCUUCAGCUAGAGCAAGAGAUGUCCAAGGCUGGCCUAUCGGAAGCAGAGCAAGAACAAAUGAGGAAGAUGCUGAACCAGAAAGAGUCCAACUACAACAGGCUACGUCGAGCGAAAAUGGACAAGUCCAUGUUUGUCAAAAUCAAGACGUUGGGCAUUGGUGCCUUUGGUGAAGUGUGUCUUACACGUAAGGUGGACACUGGUGCACUUUACGCCAUGAAAACGCUGCGCAAGAAAGAUGUCCUCAACCGCAACCAGGUGGCCCAUGUGAAAGCAGAGCGAGACAUCCUGGCUGAGGCAGACAACGAGUGGGUGGUGCGUCUCUAUUACUCCUUCCAGGAUCGUGACAGCCUCUAUUUUGUCAUGGACUACAUCCCUGGAGGAGACAUGAUGAGCCUGCUCAUCCGAAUGGGCGUCUUCCCCGAACCACUGGCACGCUUCUACGUGGCGGAGCUGACACUGGCCAUCGAGAGCGUCCACAAGAUGGGCUUCAUCCACCGCGACAUCAAGCCCGACAACAUUCUUAUCGACCUGGAUGGACACAUCAAGCUGACGGACUUUGGUCUGUGCACGGGCUUCCGCUGGACACACAACUCCAAGUAUUACCAGAAAGGGAGCCACGUCAGACAGGACAGUAUGGAGCCCAGUGACUUCUGGGACGAUGUGUCGAACUGUCGCUGUGGUGACCGUCUGAUGACACUGGAGCAGCGCGCCAACCGGCAGCAUCAGCGCUGCCUGGCUCAUUCACUGGUGGGAACACCAAACUACAUUGCACCGGAGGUGUUGCUGCGCAAAGGUUACACCCAGCUGUGUGACUGGUGGAGCGUGGGAGUGAUCUUGUUUGAGAUGCUGGUGGGACAGCCACCCUUCCUGGCCCCAACACCUACAGAGACUCAGAUCAAGGUCAUUAACUGGGAGAGCACCCUGCAGGUGCCUGCCCAGGUCAAACUGAGCCCAGAGGCAGUUGACAUCAUAGGCCGUCUCUGCUGUUCCGCAGAGGAUCGUCUGGGUGCUAAUGGUGCCGGCGAGAUCAAGGCCCACCCCUUCUUCACCCAGAUGGACUUCUCCAGCAAUCUGCGGCAGCAACCGGCCCCGUACCGGCCCAAGAUCGCCCAUCCGAUGGACACAUCGAACUUCGACCCUGUUGAGGAGGAGGGCGGCCCCGGGGCAUGGAGCGACAGCGGGGACAGCACCCGGGCACUGGACUUGCUCUGCUCCCCGCAUGGGAAGCACCCAGAGCACGCUUUCUACGAAUUCACCUUCCGUAGAUUCUUCGAUGAUAACGGAUGUCCCUUCCGCUACCCUAAGCCACCUGAGUCCAGUGAGGUGCUGCCAGGCAUCACUGGAGCCACCUGCAUGGGUCCAGAAGAGGAGGACGAGCAAGAAGAAGAAGAGGAGGAAGAGGAAGAUGAUGAUGACGAGGAGGAGGGAGAGCAGGGUGAGGGAUGUGAGCCAGUGUAUGUCUAGAGCUGCAGACUGACAGGCUCUGUGUGUCUGUUACUGCAACUAAUCAUUCAGCUCAUGGCCCUCCCACCUGUCACUGCUCUUCCUCUGUGUAUGAGUCUGUGUGUAUUUAUGCAUAUCUGGCAUGUGUGAUUGUUAAAUUGCAGGAACAGGACUGACGAACAUCGCCACCUUGUGGAGCCUAAAGUCCGAUCCACAGUGGCUUUAAAUACAAAACUACCCUGAUCUGGGACCAAGAACCGACAUUCUGUGUGUGACUGACUGCAUCAAGGGUGAAGCAUAUGUAGAGGUUAAAGGAGAGAAUUAAUAUUCUCGGGAAUGUAAGGAUGUCUGAUCGCAGACAAGAUUCCUAGUUAGAGGACUGCUUCUGGUUCUUCCAGCGGUUCCUUGUCCCAUUCCUUCCACCCUUGGUCUUACGGACGGAGCUACUUCCUGUUUUACCAGAGCUGCUUUACACUCGAAUAUUGGACACGGCAAUGUGAAGAGUGGAACUGGUUUACUCGUUGAUCGUGGGGUCGCAGGUGGGGGUUUAGGGGCUGAAUAUGCAACAUGCCUCUUUCACAGCUGCUGCAAAAUAAGCUACAAAGACACAUGCAUGCACAUGCACACACUCACGCUCACGUAUUCAGCACAGAUCGAGCUCUGUUAUAAAGGGUGUAAAAGGCUUCGGUCUCUGCAGGUGGAACUCAUUGUCCAUAUUUAGGUUUCAAGGAGUUGGCUCAGACUAGAUGGGCGAACAAAUUAGGGCUGCGACUAACAAUUAUUAUCAUUGUCGAUAAAUCUUUUGAUUAAUUGUUCAGUUGUUUGGUCUUUAAAAUGUGAAAAUGGUGAAAAAUGUCGAUGGGUGUUUCCCAAAGUCCAAGACGGCGUACUCAAAUGUCUUGUUUUGUCCACAACCCAAAGAGUUUCAGUUUACUGUCAAAGAGGAGGAAAGAAACCAGAAUCAGAGAAUUUUGCCUUUUUUUUCUUAAAGAAAAUACUCAAUUAAAUCAUUCAGGUUCAUUUAAAAGUUGCUAUCUCACUGAUUAAUUGUUGCAGCAAUUGAACAAUUUCUCCCAGUUUCACAGAAUGACACAAGUACACAUAGACAAAUAUUUUGCAGACAUCUUAGGUAAAAGAAAAAUGUGUCAUCUGAUAGAUUUGAGCUUUCAAUUUUUGCAGAUUUCUAUGUCUGCAGUUUAUAUUUCGGCCUUUGUAGCAGAUCAAAUAUCAGAAAAGUAGAGUCAGAUCAACCAGACAAAGUAUUUUUGGUUGCACCAUCUGUCUUGCAUAUCAACAGCUGCUACAUUUUGUGCCAACAUGGAGCCAGUCAUUCUUCCCUCAGAGGUUGUUGUUUCAGAUAUCUGUGUGUUCAUGAAAUGCUUCCUCUACCCUGACUGACCAUUUCAGAGGUCACCUCCAAAAAAAUCCUCAACCUACUGUACAUAGGCACAAAGAGUGUAUAUAAGGUUUGGAUUGGGCUCUAAAAAUCAGGUCCAAUCGUGUUUUAGACUGAUCCAAGACUGAACCACUGUAGCAUGCAUUGAGCCCAAGCCUUAUUAAAACCAGAUAUUCACUGUUGGCCUGACAUGCAGUGAAUUUCUGCUCAUAAAUGACAGGACGAGUUGGAUCAGAUGAAAAAUCUUCCUGCCAUGCAAUGAUACUUUGUUUACGGGGGACAGAUUGCAUACUUGUUAGUAAAACACAUAGUUUAUGUUUAGUAAAAGAACAGAUGUAUAGAAUUAAACCGAACCUGAUUUAAGAAAAUUCAGAUAAAGUCAGACAAGGGCAGGAGUGAAGCUGUCGGGUCUGAUGGGGCUUUGUUGGUUUCUGACUGAGAAUCAAAGCUCUAACACACACACACACACACACACACACACACACACACAAAGAUGCACAUUUUACAGCUAUUUUGCAAAGAUGAGUCCCACAGUUGCAUUGUAACUUAACCAGCCUCCUCUGUCUUCUGGAGGCAGUCAUGAAAACACAAAGCAACAUGUUCUUACAACAGCAAACAUGUGAUAGUAUGACUGACUAUGUGCAAUACAAAAAAAUACAUUAUAUUUAGUUUUCUAAACACUUAAUAUCCUUUUGAACGUUUAGUACUGUAAUGUACAAAUAUAUUGGUUUAUAUAUAUUUUCUCUUUUCAGUUACAACAUGCUGCUUAAUAUUGUGGUUAAUAUUAUUUUUUACAUUAUUAUUGUAAUUGUUCUUACAUGUGUACCUGUUUUCUUUUGUUGGGCUUAAAGAAGUGUUGGCUUCAGUGCCAAGUGUGCUUGGGUUUUGAAAGUAACGAGCCAUGUGCCUUUCUAAUUGAAUGUUGGAGCGUGCGUCGAAGGAAUCAAUGGUUACGAUCAGUGUUUGCAGAACAUCGAUGGUAGGCUCUUCACCUGCUGCAGCCAGGCUGGUCCUGACUGCAGGAGAGGAGGGUGUAAAGGGGUCUGGUUCAGGAAGAGAUGGGACAGAGUAGAUAAAAAUUAGAGGAAGACGAGGAAUGAGGCAGGUUGGAUUCAGGAAAUGUAAUUUGGAAAAAAGAAUGAAUAGCUUUCUCUAUUUUACAAAACUUCAACAAAGAAUUAGUGUUUGGUACAUUUUCUUUAUUUAUCCGACAUGACCACAAGUUUAAGUGUUGAUUAACUCUUUUUACUACAGACCUGUGCCAUGUUCUGCUGCCCAGCAGACGACACUAUCGUCCAGUACCUUCUUGCUUAUUGACAAUCAGUAAAUGGUAACUGCUCUCUGUCUCAAACCGAACUGUUUGGUCAAUUCCGACCAAACUCUUCCAACAGUAUUCAGAAUUUGACGUAAUGACUGGGAAUGCUAAAGGAGUCUGAACUUUUAAGUGAUUCUCUGAUGCAGAUUGAUGGAAAAUGUGUGGAUCAGACUUGUUACAAGAGCUUUUUUUUUUUUUUACUUUGCUUGACAAUGUAUUGAAAGGUUUUUUUUUCUUCUGUAAAUGUGCCUUGUGUUCUAAAGUGAGCAUCUAAAAAGAUUGCAUUCUUAUUAUCAUCUCUCUCUCACAAACUUCUUUUACCUGUUUUUGUUAUCAUUAUUCUCGAUUUGGGGAAGUUGACUGAGCGCACUCUGUUUCACACACUGGCUUUGUUUACAUGCACUAACAAUAAUUGUCUUUUUCUUAUCAGCAGCAGGUAAGUAGACUGAGAUGAGGCAGAAAUUGAGGGACAGUAGGCAAAACCAUGAAUUAUAACUCCUGACAUCAAAGACUGAUGAGCUGUAUAAUCUGAAGGUGGUUUUUUUUCUCUUUAUCUCUUAAAGGGGCAAUUUGUACAAUAUAAGCAGAACUUGUUAAAAAAAACAUUACCAACAGAUUGCAGAAACACAGAAACAAUAUCAAGUCCCUACAAAGAAGCCUAAAAUAGCUACAGCAGAGUAUAGUGAGCAGAAGUUGUCAGUUACUUUGGUGAUAUGCUGCCCCCUGUAUUUCUGCAGCAACCUUUACAUGCUUUUACACACCACCCUUUAAAGUCACAUGAAAAUACUAAUCAGAUGUAAUUUUCUAUAACUCAGUGUAUUUGCAGUUGCAACAUAUCGUUGUAGGAAAGGCAAACAGGGUUUUCACCGCUGUACAGUGCUGAAACUCAGGUCAUGUUCAAUUUAUAAAGCUGCUGUUUUCUCAAUUACGAGGUGUUUAAAUUUAAAUUGUUUAUUUUUUUCUAUUCGUAUAACAGACUGACAGAUUUGUUGCUUAGAUACAGAAAAAAGCUAACAUGAUCAUUAUAUGAAAGAGCCUAUUUUUGCUCUUUGUCCUGUUUUUAAUGGUGGAUUUAACUGGACUAAAGUCAGUAUUCUGCAUGAAAACAGAGCCAGUGCUGCCUGUGAGCUGCUCACUGUCUUUUACAAAGCAGCACCACUGGAAGACAAAUGGAUAAAGUGCCCUGUUCAAGGGCUCUGUCGUUAAAAUGAAAGCUGGCAGGUGCUGCUCUCUCACUCUUCCCCAUUCAGUGUUUCCACAGCUGGUCCAGACAUCAGACCAGACUUCCUUUCAUAUCUCUAAACCUCUGUUAGGCUGCGUUGCCAUCGACCAGGACUGACCGCUUCAUGAAAAAUAGCUUUAUAUCGAGAGCCGCAGCUCUCUGCAGAGUGUGUGAGUUCCACAAAGUGUGUGAGGUGUUUCCUGGAUGUGUUUUUUGCUUUUGGUUUCCCAGGUUAGAGAGUGACGACUGACAAUCUUUAACUGACUUGAUAUGCUUUCGAUCUGAUUUCUUCAUGAGACUUACUUGUGUAUCCUUUUAAUUUUGUAUUUCUACUCUGAGGAGCCUCUUUUUGUCUUUGAUGCUCCUUAAUGUAUGAUGCAAUUCUGUUACUUUGAAUUUAUAUUUAUACAGAUAUACAUAUUUUUUGUAUCUUUUCCCCCCUUUUUCAAUUUCCCUUGUGCUAAUGUUCAAACAUCCAUGUCUACGCAGUAUUAUAGAUGAUGUAAUGUGGACAGCUAUCUCUUUUUUUACAUUUAUGUAUGAACUGAGAAUUUGUAAAAAUGCUUUCACAGUCCUUGUGUGUAAAAUGUAUGUAUAAAUUAAAUUAACCAACGUGGA